AUGAGCGCUCUGCAUCUGGAUCUGUCCUGGGAAGAAGACGAGGUCGAGGCAGAGCCAUCCGUGCGAUGGGGUCGCAAUCGUGAAAGCCGUGACGACGACCGCUAUCUGUGGUUCAGUACGUACUUGCGGCCAUCAGACGUCGUGGAGGCGACGGAACACAGACCGAAAUACGAAUACACAGUCACUGGACGGAAGCGCAUCAAACCUGGGUCAAGAACAACUACGUUAGGGACAAAGGUGGAGGUAAACGGGAAGACAGUGGCCAUUUUCAAAUACGAUGGCGGAUUCUACGCCAUUCAAAAUGCAUGCCCACAUCAGGCUGCCUCAUUGCACCUAGGCGACAUUGAAGACAUUGAUGGCACAUUGUGCAUUUCCUGUCCACGGCACAAGUGGCCAUUCUCGCUGGAGGACGGUCAGUGCAUCCUUCCGGUGAACCGCCAAGCGGAGUGCUAUCCGAUCCGCGUUAGGCAAGAGCGCGAUGGAUCCAAGAUCCUUUACAUAGGGUUCACGUCGAUCACCGAUACGUUAUUCCACGACGACUCAUUUUGA